AUGAACGACGCUGCCGACAGCCCCGCCCUCUCCCCCGCCGCCGCCUCGCGCGUCCCCAAGCUGCGCCUGCCCGCCACCUGCGAGCCGCCGUCGGACACGCACCCCGCCCAACAGGCCGUAUGGCUCGUCUUCGGCGCCACGGGACACAUGGGACGGUCGCUGGUACGGGCAGCCCUGGGCCACCGAGACCUCGUCGCCGCCGUCGGCUGGACCCACGAGAACAGCGCCGAGCAGAUGCGGCACCUGAGCGGCCUGCACGGCGCCAGCUGCCUGGGGCUGCGCUGCGACGUGCGCGCGCGGGAGACGGUGGCCGCCGCCGUCGACGCGACCGUGGCGCGCUGGGGCCGCGUCGACGUCGUCGCCAUCUGCACCGGCUACGGCGUCAUUGGCGCCGCCGAGCUGCAGGACGAGGCCGAGCUGCGCGCCCAGGUCGAGACAAACUUCUUCGGCACCCUGCACGUGCUGCAGUUGACGCUGCCGCUGCUGCGCCGCCAGCUGCGCGGCCGCUACCUCAUCUUCAGCAGCACCGGCGGCGCCCUGGGCGUGCCGGGCCUGGCGCCCUACUGCGCCACCAAGUACGCCGUCGAGGGCCUCAUCGAGAGCAUGCUGUACGAGAUUGACGCCUUCAACAUCAAGGCCACGCUGGUCGAGCCGGGCCACGUGCGCCUCGACGAGCCCGACGACCAUCUCCAGCCCGACGACGCGGGCGAGGGCCUCCGCCUCAAGCGCUACGGCCACUUCUUCGUCAAGCCCGCCCGCGAGCCCUACGCCGGGCCCAGUGCCCCCGCCGGCCAUGCCAGCCGCACCAUCCGCUGGCUCAACGACCGCCAGCCCACCAGCGCCGUCAAGAGCGCCGAGCUCGUCUGGCAGCUGGGCCAUUGCUCGUACCCGCCGCUGCGCCUGCUGCUCGGCACCUAUGCCGUCGAGAGCAUUCGUGACCGCUUGAGGAGCAUCAUCGAGGAGAUUGAAGACUGGAAGCACCUGAGCUUCCCGCUAGGGGCCGAGCAGCAAGACGAGCCGCCCGCGUUGCAGCAAGAGGGCGGCGAGUGA